AUGUUGCACCAGGAUGGGCAACUAAAGAACAAGGUUAUGGGGAUCGCGGAACGCGAUCUAAACACUCCGGGGAUUGAGGUGUGCUCGGCCGUCAAGAAAGAGGAAGAGGCGAGAUGGGAAGAGAUGGAGAAAGCGAAAGCGGCCAAAACGGGCAUUGUCGGGAUGCAGAACGAGUUUCUUGUUCUUUUAAGAAAGCUUCUCCUCUGUCUCUCUCCACAACCCUUCACCACCCACCGGCACAUCACCUUGUCGCUAUAUCUCAACCGUCUUCAAGAGGAAGGGGAGGAUGCCGCCCCCAAGUGUCCUCAGCUCCAACCCACUAACCCCUACUUCCAGAAAACAAUGGCGCCGCGACCGUCCCUUGUUUAA